AUGCCAAAUUUUGUUUUCAAACUCUUCAAAGCCGUGCUGGAAGCCAAUCUAGUUGGUGGUCUUGCUUAUUAUGUUACUGCACCUUCUCAAGCGUUUCCAAUCAUUCGGCAACCCACGACGACUUCACAAUUUUCAGCUGCUCCACCAUGUCGCCAUCGUGGACGAUGCAGCAUCGGAGGCUUCUCUCAACAAAAAACAUUGCUACCAAAAAACCCUAAAAGUCAGGAACGAGGAUGUCUGCCACCGAUCGAACCAUCUUCAGAACGACCGGAGUUUAAAAAGUCAAACAAUGAAGAAGCUGCAGUUCUAUCUGCAUCUCGAGCUGCCUCUACAGUUGUUUAUGCAACUAAUGCUACCGAAGUUUUCAGCUUUUUGAGCGACGACCUCCUCUGGAGUACAAACCACCUCCUGAGAAGAGAAAAUGUCCACCAUACACAGCCCACUGAUCCUGAAUAUGCUCCACCAGUAGUAAAGGGUGAAACACCUGGCCAAAGGAGGGCUAGGAUUCACCGGUUACGUACAAAUUUCGAGUUUAUAACCUUAACACUGUCAUUGUGGUUGACAUUUGUUCAUUUCGAUGACAGGGAUCUUUCAUACAAUUUCUUUAAUGGAUCCAUUCCUGAAAGCCUUGGAGGUUUAACAUCACUUCGAAUAUUGAAUCUGAAUGGGAACUCCCUAUGA